AUGCCUCCAAAAAAAAACAAAGGAAAAAGUGCUUUAAAAAAAACGGUCCAAAAAAAAUCUGGUGACAGUGAUCAUGAUUAUGAUAAUGAUGAUUACACGUUAAAUGAAUUCGAAGAAGCUCAACUUAGAGAAGCAAUUCUAACUUCUAAAGAAGAAUACGAGUCCAAAAAUUCAAUGCAAGAAGAAGAAACUAUUUUUUCGAGUAAUGAUACUAUCACUAAUGAUAAAUCAAACGUUAAAAGAAAAAAAUCAGGAAUUCAAGAAUUUAAACAAGAUAAUAAAAACUUAAAUAAACGUUUAAGAUCAAAAGUUAGAACUAAAGAUAGUAAUAUUGAAUCCAGUAAAUCUAAUAAAUCUAAUAAUAAUCGUAAGAAACAAAAAACAUCAAGAUUGAAUGAAAUUUCAAAUAAGUCAACAAAAGAUCAACCUGAUUAUAAAUUGGGAAGAGCCUGGUUACAACAAUUAAUAGAAGAGAAAAUAGCAAGACAAUCUAACAAAAAAACCACGAUUCAACAAUCUGAAAAUGAUGAUAAAGAACUAGAUGAAAGUAAAGGAAAUAAAUUACUUCCAUAUGAGAAAAGAAAUCUUUAUAUUUACAAAAAAAUAAAAGCAAGAUAUGAGCACAAGAUUAAGUGUGCAUCGGAAGAAAAUAGAUUUGUUGUUGAAACAUUAAAAGAGAAAAUAAAAGCUCUGAAAGUCAAGAUAUUCUCAACGUUAGAAGAACUUAAAGUUUUAUCUUCCUCUACUUCUGCUAUUGUAAAAAGGCCAAAACCUGAAUAUAAUCAAUAUCUUGAUAAACUUUUUACUAAACAACCAUGGAUGACUAGGAAAGAUAUGAAAUAUUUAACUGAUUUAUUCACUAACCCAGAAUCGAUCGUUUCAUUUAUUAUAAUUAAGAAAAUCAUUAAUAUGGAAAAUUUUAAUAGGUUCACAGAUGAACAAAAAAUUCGCGUUAUGAAUUUAAUUCCUAGAGAAGACAUCGUACCAAUUGCAAGUAUAACAGGUGAACCUAUUGAUACUCCAUAUAUAGAACGUCAACGUACUUCCAAUGGUGAAACUCUUUAUGAGGCAGGAAUCAAUGGACAAAUUAUCAGCCUUGAUCCAAAGGUGGUAACACCUCGGUUUGAUUUUUGGUUGUCAGAUGAUGUAAAAGAUGCUAGAUGGUGGUGGCAACUUAGCAUCGAGUAUGGAUACUUUACGAAUUAUGGUGUAAAUCAGCAAUGGGAUGAAUAUGAAAAAUUUAGAUGUGAUCUUCCCAAAAUGUGGGGAGAAGCUUUAAAAGAAGGUGUUGGUAAGAUUCAAUUAGCAGGAGAUUCUGCCAAAAUAACACUUCCAGAUCUUGUUAAAGCAAUGGUUAUCAAAGAAGGUGAUACAUUGAUAUAUAAACGGGGCUUUGCGAAAAUUGACAUUACUGUUACAAUGGAACUUAAGGUGAUAAAAGUAAAUAGAAACAAUGGAUGUAUGACUGUAAGAAUCGGGACGGACGAGAAAACUAAAGUGAUCGAAGAUGUUCAAAGACCAACAAGUUUAGAGAAUGAAAUAUUAGAUUUUGAUGGUAGAAUUCCAAAAGUUUCACGACCACAUGGAAAUGCAUUCAAGAAUUUAUCUAUUGUUAAAUCUGAAAGUUACAAACCAACAAUAUUUGAACUUCGUAAAGAAUAUUGGGCUAAAAAAUAUCCUGAAUAUGGCUUAAAAGUUGAUGCAUUUAUUGCAAGUGCAGGAACAUUUUUUCAUAAAUACAUACAAAAUGCUUUGGCAGAAAUUGCAACGUGUGAAAUGCGAGCUCAUGGAUUGUUGCCAAAAGAAGCCAUCAUCAACAAAAAUAAUAAACUAACCACUACCACUAUGCCAAUACAAAAUGACAAAUCAUUUGAAACUAAUUCAAAUCAUUUUCCAUAUCAUAAUAAUUGCGAAGAAUUACCAAAUUCUGCUUUGUCAAGGUCUACAAUGUCUACACCGGAAUUUAAUUUGUCAGAAAAGAUUGCCAGAGAAACCUUUGAACAAACUAGGUCACGUCUUCAUAAUAUCUUUCAAUAUGAAAAGUAUAAGAGUGGAUUAAAAAGAUCAAGUCUACCGAGUUUACGUGAACAUAAAAAUAAUAGCGAGAGAUUAGAAUUUGCUAAAAAUAUUAUUGUAUCUCGAAAACAUAAUCGUACAUCUACCUGGGCUGAUGCCUCUUCUCUAUUAUCAUCAACUGAUUUUUUUAUCACUUAUAAAGUAUAA